UCAGCAGCCCGCCGCGGCUGUUCUGAAGGACGGCGGCCGCGCUCCCGUAAGCGGGUCUGGGGUCCAGCCGGCGGCCCGAAGGCGCGGCGCCAUGAAGCUGUACAGCCUCAGCGUCCUUUACAAAGGCGACCCCAAAGCGGUGCUGCUCAAAGCCGCGUACGACGUGUCUUCCUUCAGUUUCUUCCAGAGGUCCAGUGUUCAGGAAUUCAUGACCUUUACCAGUCAGCUGAUUGUGGAACGCUCAACAAAAGGCAGCAGAGCCUCUGUCAAGGAACAAGAGUAUCUUUGCCAUGUCUAUGUCUGGAAUGACAGUCUUGCAGGUGUGGUCAUUGCUGACAGUGAAUACCCUUCGAGAGUGGCCUUUACCUUGCUGGAGAAGGUACUAGAUGAAUUCUCCAAGCAGGUCGAUAGGAUAGACUGGCCAGUAGGGUCACCUGAUACAAUCCAGUACACAGCUCCGGAUGGUCACCUUAGCAGAUACCAGAACCCCCGAGAAGCUGAUCCCAUGAGUAAAGUACAAGCUGAACUGGACGAAACCAAAAUCAUUCUGGCCCGGAAACAAAACUCAUGCUGUGCAAUCAUGUGAUGUGGCCCACAGAGGCAGGCGCUGGAUCGUCGUGUCACGUCAGAACUGCAACUCCUGCAGAUGAAGCGAUACCCUGAAGAUCUGGAGCCAGGCAGACUGGCUGUUUUUAUUUUGACGUCCUCAAGAGGAAUGGAGGGAUGACUUAAGGGUGGGAACAUUGACGUUCACAUGUGUGACUGUGACUUCGGGAAAGAAUUUGAGGUCCUCAAAGAUGUAAUGUUGGGAAAAUGAAACCAUAAACUCUAAGUGCCUCUUAUAGGUGCUGAAGGGCUUAUUCUCAGCUAACCCUGGAAGGCUCUGUGGGAGGGAAUCUUUUUCCUGAUCCUUGAUGCGACUUAGGAUUUCAUUUGUGCAUUAACGAUAUUAACUCUCCAGUGAAUGGGGUGGGGGGAGGGGGUCUCGGGUGAUAGGGCUGGGUGGGCAGAGUUUGAACACUCCGGAAUUCUAGUCUCUUGCACUGUGGGGGCUGGGAGAAGCUCACCAUGAGUGAGGACUGUCACAGUGGUCACUGGAUCUCCUCUGUUUGACUGUCUGCUAGAAUUGGCAUCUGCCAGGAACAGGGCCCAUCCUAAGUACCUUCGUCCAGUACCACAAACUUGUGGGAGGUACUUAGAAUGGGCUAGAAGGGCAAGAUGUGUGAGUUGUGGUUU